AUGGGUCCUCCAAGAAGAACUGAAAUCAAGAAGAUUGAAGAUCUGAGUGCUAGGCAAGUCACCUUCUCCAAACGCCGUAACGGGUUGUUCCGCAAGGCUAAAAGAUGGUCAGUUUCUUAUGACGCAGAAGUGGCCGUGAUAGUUUUCUCCAAUACCGGAAAGCUGUAUCAGUUCUCAAGCACCAGCAUGGAGCACACUCUUUUAAGAUACAACAACAAGGGUGUUAGCUCCCCAGAUGAGAAGCGCCAACAUGAAGCAGCUGCAAAACCUGAAACCCUAAAUGCAACAGUGCUACUGCAGGAGCAAAUCGCAUCCCUAAAAUCGGACUGCUCGCGAAUGAGGGGUAGGGAGUUGGAUGGCUUGAGUUUGAAAGAGCUGGAUGAGCUUGAGAAAGAACUCAACCAAGGAAUAUUAUCUAUAACAAAAAGGAAGGAUGAAGUGCUUUUGGAGGACUUUUACAGCUCUAAAUCAAAAGAAGAACAGAUUAUGGAGAUUUUGAGUGCGAAUAACUACCGCAAACCCUCAUCUGUCCUUGAAUUAUUUAGUGAUUCUCUUCUUCCUUUGGACAGGAGCAGGUUAUUCUAUGCUUCGAGCUCAAAUGACAUCGCCAGUUGCAGUGAAUCGGCAGGAAGCGGUAAACAUAAAGAUUUAUCUUUGCAAUUGUCAUUGUCAUUAUAG